AUGAGCAAACCUGAUGCUCAAACAACGUACUCCUUACUGGAGCUGCGGCUGAUUCUGAAGGGUCUUUCAACUAAUCUCCUAAAAAGUGCCUCCAAGAUCAAAGAUCUAUUGGGAUUCCAGAUCACCUUACUUGAGAUCUUCAAGUAUGAAAGCAAGAGGUUUGAUGCUUUGGGUUAUUGUGACGUUUCCAUGGCCUUUGUAGCUCAUGCUGCUAAUGUCUACCUUGCUACAUCAUUAUCAACUUCUGCUUCUCAGGAGGUAAAGCCUAUCCUUAAGCAGAUCACAGAACAACUACAGAACAACAAGACCAAGUUUGCGGCAAUUGAGCAGAAACUCGAACGUCUUUCGGUCCUGCAACAGGUUAAUUCAGAUGCUGCCGAUCCACUUCUUAUGCGGUUUGCCAAUCUCAAAACUGGUGUCCUGGAGGCUCCAGUGGCGUCUUCCUUUGAAGGCUUCUUGUAUUCGGAUUCUUUAUCGGUCUAUGAGCUUAACCACCUAAUACGAUCGAGAGCUGAUGAUGUUCUUCUCUUGGACUUCAGAAGCAAGAAGGAGCACUCCUAUAGUCAUAUCAAUUUCCUGAACGUCGUGAACAUCGAGCCAUCCAAGGUUACAGCAUUACUUAAAGAUAAGCCACAAGCUACCGAUAAAGAUUUAGAAAAGGCAUUGUCUUUAGACUCAGAAAGUCUUCAGCUUUUCCAGAAUAGACAGAAAUUUGGUCUUAUAGUUGCCUACAACCUCCGGUUUGGAGGGAUUGGGAAUGACAAGUUCCAAGCAUUAGAGUUCCUGCUCUUGAACUCAGAUUCCAAGGGCAUCCCAUCAAAGAACCCCUUCAAAGACCUUUUUGACAUCUUGAUGUACAAAACAGAAUACUUGAGUUCGAGGCCACAACAAUACCCUGUUUAUUUGAACGGAGGCCUCGAAAGGUGGUACUCAACUUUUGGAGAAGGAUCGUUGACAAGAAGCUCAGACACUUCUCUGGAAAAGCCCAAGGCCAAUGGCAACUCAUCAACCAAUGGAAGUGCAAAGGCGUCUGAUUCGGCGUAUGUGAGGAACUUCGGCGAUUAUCUCGCAAGUGCCAAGUCUAAGACACCUCCAUUGACGUCCUCACGAACAUCACUUGAUAGACAACGGAAGACCGACAUAGAUUUUUCGUCAUCACGGCCAAGACAGCCUCCAAGUUACGAGUCUUUGAAACCUAACACUGCUCCGGUCCCAAUAGAGCGCAAAGCUCCUCCUAGCAUUAAACCCUCAUCGCCAGUGCCUUCAGUGUCAAAACAAUCACAGACUAAAGUGGAGAAGCAAGUUACAUCGCCAUCUAAUCAAGAACUACAAGUACAGAAGACAGGUAGUUCCGAAACAAAUCCAUUCCUUGAAAACUUUGCAACUGGCUUGACCAACCUUGGUAACUCUUGUUACAUGAACUGCGUGCUUCAAUGUUUAGGAGCAACGCCACAACUUACGUCAUUUUUCUUUCCAAACGUCACCAAAGGCGGUAACCAGACACUACAAUCUUACCGUCAGCAUAUCAACGCUAAAAACAGAUUGGGAACAAGCGGAGUUUUGACCACAAACUUUGUCAAGCUUUUGGCAAGUAUGUUCAACAACGUGGGUAAAUAUUUUGCUCCACAUGAGUUCAAGAAGGUGAUUGGCACUGUUCCCUCUGGUCGUCAAUUUGCAUCAUUUGACCAACAGGAUUGUAUCGAAUUUCUUAACUUUGUGCUUGAUUCAUUGCAUGAGGAUCUCAACCAACGUGCUGUUGAGAAUGGAGAAGAGAGGAGCGCAAUCAUGGAGCUUUCUACAGAACAAGAGAAAACCAGGGAGAUGCUUCCUGUCAGACUUGCAUCGACCAUUGAAUGGGAAAGAUAUCUUAAGUUGAACUUUUCGGUGAUUGUGGACUACUUUCAAGGGCAAUACUUAUCACAGUUGAAGUGUCUCGAAUGUGGUAUGACAUCAACAACAUACAAUGCAUUUUCUAUACUUUCUUUGCCUAUUCCAGAAAGGCUCAAUAGGGACAAGGUGGUUACCCUCGCACAGUGCUUGGAUCUUUUCACAGAUACGGAACUUCUUGACGAUGAUAACAAAUGGCAUUGUCCAAGAUGUAAGAGAUUCACGAAGCUGACGAAGAAGAUCUCCAUCACAAGACUCCCUCGUGUUCUUAUUAUCAACUUUAAGAGGUUCCAGAUUCUGAUGUCAGGACACUUCAACAAGCUUGAAACUUUUGUCAAGUACCCUGUGAACGAGACCCUCGAUUUGACAUCUUACUGGCCGCAGGUCGGCACUUAUGUCAGCAAAGACCAUAGUAUGGAUACCGCAAAGGAACAGCAGAUACUUUCCACAUUUCCACAGCGUCAUCAAGACCCUCCUUUCAAGUAUAAACUUUAUGGUGUGGUCAACCAUUACGGUAAUUUAACAACAGGCCACUAUACAGCAUACAAUGGUGUUACUUUGACGAUGCCAAAAUACUGUACGAUUGCAAGGUGGACCAAGUGA